GUUAUCGCUGUAGCAACCUGAAAGUUGUUGAAAUCCUUCGCCGUCGCUAAUAUCUAUCACAUUUCUUCAGGACUCCGUGCGCUCACAAUGACUACUUACAGGGCAGCAGAUUCCAAGAGAGAGGAGUUCAGGAAAUACCUGGAGAAGGCAGGUGUCUUAGACGCUCUCACAAAAGUUCUUGUUGGACUUUAUGAGGAGCCAGAGAAGCCAAACAACGCUCUAGAUCUUUUGCGCCAACAUAUUGGAGCAGCUGGUCCGGAUACAGCUGAUGUAGAAGCCCUCAAGCUUGAGGUGUCUGAACUGAGGGCUAAGUGUGAGCAACUCCAGGAAGAGAACAAUGAGCUCAAAUCAAAGAUGCAGCAAUAUGAGCCCCAAGCAGAGCAGGAGGCGCCAGAAAAUUAGCCAGUCCAUCCACCCAUCCAUCUGUCCAUCCAGAUUAUAUAUAUGUGUGUGUACAGUGAACAAUGUACAUAGAUGUAUAUAGCAUUAAAUCAUUCCAUCUGCAGUCGCCACUGUUCCAGCAUCUAGACACGGCUGCAGGGUUGCUUCCAUCAUGCUCCUCAUGACAUCUGUUGACAAGGACAAGCUGGGAAUCUGCUGCAUCCUCUGUCCCAGUAUCAGUAAAUACUGACCACACUGACCACUUGGUUGUAAUAUACCGAAUGGCAGUAUAUUCUCUCUUUUGGCAUUGUCGGGCAGGGAUGAACAAGAUAUUUAUGUUUCAUGGUUUACAUUGCUUUGACCUCAUGGUUUGAGCAGGCAAAAGUAAACAAAUUUGGUUAAGUUUGAAAAGAAUUGUGGCUGUCUAUGGUCAAGAUACCUUUGUGAUAUCUAAAAACGUCCCUAAGAUUCUUGUUUGAUUUGUAUUAUGUUUUUGUGAACAAAUGCAUAUUUACUUUGGAAGAUGGUUAAGGUGUAUUUUCUUUUGUUUUGAUAUUCCAUAGGUAAGGAUAGGAAGGCCACCACAGAGUGAUUAUUUGUUCCUUAAAUAUUUGUCUUUGUCUUUUUCAAUUUCUGUUGAAUUGACAACAUAUUCUAUUUUUAAAUAAAAUAAGUUGUAAAAGUUUGGGGCGUUUUAGUUACAUCCAUUUACUUGAAUUCAGUUGCCUUGUCAUACAUAGUCAGUUAUUAGCCACAAAUACAUUAUAAGGAACAAUUAGUUAAUUUGUUGUGGCUUAAAUUAUUCAGUGUCUCAACAUGAAUACCCCUUGUUAUGAAAGAGAUUCAAUUUCUGUUCAAGAUUGUGUUCCAGCAAAAUGUGUUUUUAUCUUUUUUUACCAUGGUUACCUGUUGAAAAGGUUAGAAAUGGCAAGGUACUCCAAAUGCUAAUGUGCAUUGACUACUGGGGAGGUAAACGUUUGUUUCUUACAAGCUAAUUAUUUAACUGUUCAAGUGUUACAGUAGUCGUAGUAGGCGCUGGUUAGCCAUUGUUAGUAACUUAUACUGUUUAUGUCAACUGAGAAGCAGUUUGUUCCAUUAAAGAAUUCUUCAAACCUUCA